AUGGCAUCGUAUCCUACAGGGUAUGUUAGCCUAUUAACAAGCCAAAUCGGUGAAUUUAGCACUCCAGGGUUUGAGAACCUCUCAGGUUCUCAAUCCAUAGACCUCGACUCAGCUGGUCUUCCAGCUUUUAGCAGCCAGUCCUCAGAGGCACCCACUGUCAAAGAGAGGAGGAAAUGGUCUCCGAAGGAGGACGUUAUUCUCAUAAGCGCUUGGCUCAACACUAGCAAGGAUCCAAUCGUUGGGAAUGAGCAAAAGUUGGGGACUUUUUGGUCAAGGAUCCUCCAGUACUACAACUCAAGUGUUCAACAUGCUGGGUUUUCCCCUAGGGAGCUAGGUCAGUGCAAGCAAAGGUGGGGGAGGCUUAAUGACUUAACCUGCAAAUUCUGUGGUUGCUAUGAUGCGUCAUUGAGGGGCCAAGCAAGCGGUGAGAAUGAGAAUGAUGUGAUGAAGAGAGCACUCGACUUUUUCUUCAGUGACCAUGGUUGUAAGUUCACUAUGGAGCAUGCUUGGAGAGAGCUAAGGCAUGACCAGAAAUGGUGCUCUUUGGCUAAGCAUGGCAAUCUUGCUACACCGAAGUGGAAGACUGGUGAAGGCGAAGAGGAGGUCCCUGGUGCUAGGCCUCCGGGUAUCAAGGCUGCUAAAGCGGCUAAGAAAAAGAAAGGUGUUCAAGAGGAGUCUAAACCCACAGAGAUAAAAAGUGUGCUGGAGAUGAAAGACAAACUGAACAAGCAAAAGUUGCUUGAGAAGUUGCUUGAGAAGCGUGACCCUCUUUCAGAAAUGGAAGAGUCACUUAAACUUAAACUGAUGUCUGAAAUGUUAGGAUAA